UAUUUUCUCUCGCUUUCUCGAGCUCCCUUUACGAUCGAACCCUAGGCGAAGGAAGAAAAGGGGUAAUUUUCUCGGAAACCAAACAAACCAAUUAAUUUUCCCUAGAAAAUCUCCUUGAAAAGGAAAAAGAAAAAUGCAGUACCAGAGGCUGAAGCAACAGCAACAGCAACAAGCCUUGAUGCAACAAGCUCUCCUCCAACAACAGUCUCUCUAUCACCCAGGCAUCUUAGCUCCUCCACAGAUAGAGCCAAUCCCAAGUGGAAAUCUGCCUCCUGGUUUUGAUCCAAGUACUUGCCGCAGUGUGUAUGUGGGAAACAUCCAUACUCAAGUGACUGAACCACUACUCCAAGAAGUUUUUGCAAGUACUGGUCCGGUUGAAGGUUGCAAGCUUAUUAGAAAGGAAAAGUCAUCAUAUGGAUUUAUCCACUACUUCGAUCGUAGAUCAGCUGCUCUUGCUAUUUUAUCUCUAAAUGGAAGGCAUUUAUUUGGACAGCCUAUCAAGGUCAAUUGGGCAUAUGCUAGUGGUCAGAGAGAGGAUACGUCGGGUCACUUUAACAUUUUUGUUGGGGAUCUCAGUCCUGAGGUUACUGAUGCAAUGCUGUUUGCGUGCUUUUCUGUUUAUCCCGGUUGUUCGGAUGCGCGGGUUAUGUGGGAUCAGAAAACUGGACGUUCAAGAGGAUUUGGGUUUGUUUCAUUUCGUAACCAGCAGGAUGCACAAAGUGCAAUUAAUGAUUUAAGUGGAAAGUGGCUUGGUAGUCGACAGAUUCGUUGUAACUGGGCAACGAAGGGUGUUGGUACCAGUGAUGACAAGCAGAGCUCUGAUGCUAGAAGUGUGGUAGAGCUAACCAAUGGCUCAUCAGCAUUGGAUGCAGAGGAUGGUAAAGAGACAACAACCAACAACGAGGCUCCUGAGAAUAAUCCUCAAUAUACUACUGUUUACGUCGGCAAUCUUGCUCCCGAGGUCACCCAACAUGAACUCCACUUUCACUUUCAUGCUCUUGGUGCUGGGGUGAUUGAUGAGGUUCGAGUCCAGCGUGAUAAAGACUUUGGCUUUGUGAGAUACAGUACUCAUGCUGAGGCAGCUUUGGCUAUUCAACUGGGGAAUGCCCAUUCGUUUUUAUGUGGCAAGCAAAUUAAGUGCUCAUGGGGCAGCAAACCUACACCACCCGGGACAGCUUCAAAUCCACUUCCUCCUCCUGCUGCCACACUGUUAGCCGGGCUUUCAGCCACCGACCUUUUAGCCUACGAGCAGCAACUUGGCAUGAACAAAAUGAGUGGUGUGCACGCCCUAAUGCACCCCCAGGGGCAGCACCCUCUGAAGCAAGCAACGAUGGCACUAGGUGCCGCUGGAGCAAGCCAGGCCAUAUAUGAUGGCGGGUUCCAGAACGUUGUGGCUGCCCAGCAGCUAAUGUACUAUCAGUAAAUCGAAAAUCAGAGUGUGUGCGAGAUUGCAUUGUGCCAUGCAUUUUCUUAUCUCUAUAUAGCAUUACAUAUAUGUUUGCCUGGUUGUGUCAAUCUUAUGUAUUCCCUGAUAUUAUUUUGACUUCUUAAUGGUUAUGAAUCCUUCUUAUU